GUUCCUUCAAGAAACUGUUAAAUUGGUUUACGCAGUGAAUUCACGUCCAGCGCCAUCAACGCGUGAUAAGAUGAAUCGCGAGAAGCGCUUGCGAGUUGCGAGAACUGUAGACUGUAGCACACAUUUACGUGUGGAAAUUUAAUUAACACUCCUGUGUCUCUUUGGGGUUGCACCAUAGAUUACAAGCAGUUUUUUCGAGUCGGCUGGGAAGCCGAUUAUCAUAAGACAGUGACGAACUGCGAAAAUAGGAUUAAAAAUCGAUUUGGAGGUUUCUAGAAGAAAAGGCCAUCAGAGAGGCGGACGAUCUGCCAGACUUUGCGGGGUGACGCGGGGAAAUUUUCAGAUAAUCGGUACUCCAUCAAACAUGGCUGCUCUACCACGGAGGAUUAUCAAAGAAACACAGAGAUUAAUGCAAGAACCAGUUCCUGGUAUCAGUGCUGUUCCAGAUGAUACAAAUGCUAGGUAUUUUCAUGUAAUAGUAACUGGACCUGAAGAUUCGCCAUUCGAAGGUGGACUUUUUAAACUUGAGUUGUUCCUACCAGAAGACUAUCCAAUGUCUGCACCGAAAGUUAGAUUUAUCACAAAAAUUUAUCAUCCAAAUAUAGACAGAUUGGGCAGGAUUUGUUUGGAUAUUCUUAAAGAGAAAUGGAGUCCUGCUCUUCAAAUUAGAACAGUUCUACUAUCAAUACAAGCACUUUUAAGCGCGCCAAACCCAGAUGAUCCUUUGGCAAAUGAUGUUGCUGAACUCUGGAAAGUAAAUGAAAUUGAAGCAAUACGUAAUGCCAAAGAGUGGACUCGGAGAUAUGCUAUGGACAACUGAUCUCAGAUCAUCCAUGAUGCAAAGUGACAUUACCCCUAUCUUUCCGAGUUUACUGAUCACAUUACCCGCACCAGCUGCGUACCCUGCACCUAUGUCCACAAUUUUGCUAUAAAAAUAAUAAAAGUUUUGUAAGAGUAAACAGAAUGAAACUGUAUUUUCUAUAUUGCGGGGAAUACAAAGAUGUUGUUUAGAUUUCUUCACUGGUUCAUCAGACAGAUUUGUACAGAAUCUUCUAACAAUAAAAUACAUCAAUUGUGAGAAGAUUUCUACUUCUGCAAAAAGGUAUAAUUUUAAUGGAUAAUUAGUUCUUACUCAAAAUUAUUCGUUUAUACUAAAAGUAAGUAAAUGUAGGAUCUUGAGUGACCCACCUUUAUCAUUUUCAAUUAUAAAAUGGCUUGUGCAGUCAGUAAUUUAUAAACCUGAUUUUGGUACCUCUAAUGUACCCUUCGAGCAAAACAAGAGUACUAGGUCCAUAAUUGGGUUAUACAGAUAUUAAAUUUUCUGUAUGUGAUUAUGUCUACUAACUAAUUGUCUGAUAAUCUUGACUUAUUUAUCGUUGUCGUGAUUAAACAGUAUCACAUAAAACAUACUACAAUAAUUGAAUUAGAUUAUGAACGUAAUGUUUAUUUAUAAUUAUACAUUUUAAAUGUCAUGUGAUCAAACAUAUUCAAAUAUGUUGAAUGUGUGAAGUUUCAUUCUCAAAAUGUAUAGCUCUUUUAAUAACAUUUACAUAUUGAAGUACUUUAUUUAUUAGCAUACUACAAGAUAAAAUUGGUCCCAUGUUUCCAGUAACAAUUAAUUAUCUUGAUGAUAAUGAGAUAAUUUUUCCCACAUUAUGUUAAUUAACAUUUUAUUGUAUAAAUAUAAACUAUUAAGCGAGAA